UUCACGUGCCUCUGCUGACCCAGAAUGGAGAGCUUCCAGUGCAGCGUCCAGCUGAGUGGCCAGGACCGGGCUGAGUUUUCAGCCGCUGCCGCAGAGUGUGGCCUCCCGCGGGCCGGCCUGGCCUCUGGGCAUGAGCUCUUGUCCAGUGACACUGACCAAAGGGACAGCAGUGGCAGCAGCCCCCCAGGGCCCCUGCCCCUUCCUGAGGGGCAGCUGGCUCCCAGGGGGAGUGACCGGCCUGGCUCUGAGGGGGAGAAGGUACCCGCCCGGCAGCUGGUCAGCAGGUCUUGGUGUGAGCCCAUGCUGGCCCCGGAGGCCGGUCAGCAGACGCCCAGCGUGUCCGUGCGGCCAGAAGUUCAGCCGUCCCUCAGCCCUGGUGCUGCCCCUCUGGUCCAGGGCUCAUCCCUCCCGGGGCCAGUGUCUUCCAGAGGCGAGAGGGAGAGGCUUCUGCAGGGGGCAGCCCCCCGGGGUCUUGCCCCUACUCUCACGGGUGAGCCCGCUCGGAGCCCCGAUUCCACCGGCUGCAGCGCUGCCCCCCAGAGCCCCCCUGGCAGCCCUGGAGCCCCGCUGCGCAGCCCCAGCCAAAAGAAGAGGCGGGCUGCAGGCACCAAGGCGGGUGGGCGCUUGGGUGACCCAGGCCCUGCUCCCACCCAGCUGGGCUCCCUACUGCUCACUGAGGCCGGGGCCGAGGACGGCCUUGGCCUGGCUGGGUCCAGGGGGAAGGGCCUCCGGGUGGGGACCACAGGGCAGACAGCAGGAGCUGGGCAGAUCGAGCUGGGGCCAGAGUCUCCAGAAGCCCCUGAGCAGGUGGCCAGGCGAGGGCCAGGUGUGGAUCUGUCUACAUCUGUCCCUACCACUGAGCAGGGUACAGACCUAAUCGGAAUGACCCUCAGAACUGAGCCACGCACUACAUCCACGCUUGACCUGGAGGCUUCUGCAGGUGUCACAAUGGCUAAGUCAGACGUGGCUUUGUCCACACCCACCUCCGAGCCUCAACCCGAUGAGCCUCUGUCUACACCUGCCUCCGAGCCUAGACUGGAUGUGGACCUGCUUGUGCCAGGUCCAGGGGUCCAGCUGGAGGUGGGUUCAUCUACGCCUGUCUCGAAGGCUAUUCCCCGUACAGCUCUGCCUCACCUGGUUUCUGAGGCUGGGUCUGAUGUGGGUGUGUCUACACCUGCUCCCAUCCCCGAGGCGGGGCCUGACGUGGCGGAGCUGGAGGUUGCCCCAGUGGCCAAGCUGGGUUUGAGCCCUAUUCGGUCUCCAGAGGGGGGCCGACAGAAGCUCAGAGGGGAGCCCUCAGCAGGUGCCCCUGGACACCGCACUGGGGAGCCCCCGCUAGGCCCUAUCCAAGCCCCCAAGAAGAAGAAAGUGCGAUUCUCCAUGGCUGUGCCCAGCCCCGAGGAGCCAGGGUCAGGAGAGGCCUCAGGCCCAGCCUUCCCAGCCACAGCCCCCAGGACAGCAGCUGGGGGCCGCAGGGCAUCUGGAGCCUGGGACACUGUGGCAGUUGGGCCCCGGACCCCCCAGCCUCGGAUCCCGAAGCACCUGCCUCCCCCUGCCCCCUCUGCCUCAGCGGGGCCUGGGCGCAGCUGCUCCUUUGCGGUGACCCUCCCAGAAGCCUAUGAGUUCUUCCUUUGUGACACCAUCGAGGAAGAGGAUGAACACGUUGAGGAGGAAGCAGAGGCUAGCCAGGCUCUGGCCGAAGUCCAGUGGCCGGACAUGUGCGAGUUCUUCUUCCAAGAUGGCCAAACCCAGAGGUCGAGGCACCAGGAAGGCCACUCCCAGGCCCCACCCCUCCAGGCUGAGCCUGUGCCGGCCCCUCCACCAGGAGAUCCCACACCCAUCUCCAUCCCCGAGGCCUACGAACACUUCCUCGGGGAGGACGUGUCAGGGGGCAUGCUGGGGCCGGCUGUGCUUCUCCAGAUGCAGGCCACGGAGCCCCCCAGGUCAGUCCCCUGGGACGUGGGGACCGGCACCUCACCAGGGCCCAGCCCAGCCUCAGCGAAGCAGCUUGCCCCGGCCAUCAGGCAAGCAGGGGUACCCCGGGGUCCCCUCACCUCGUUUACCUUCAGCCAGAAUGACAUGUGCCUGGUGUUUGUAGCCUUCGCUACCUGGGCUGUGAGAACAUCAGACCUGCAUGCCCCAGAUGCCUGGAAAACAGUUCUGCUGGCCAACAUCGGCACCAUCUCCGCCAUCCGGUACUUCCGCUGGCAGGUGGGGCGGGGCCGCCGCAGCCCCAGCUCCUAAGACCCAGGCUCCGCCCAGGAAGACGCAGGAUGAGGAAAUGUCCACAGGUGCUCAGGAUGAGGUGCUGCCCUCAGGCCUCGCCCUUUGACCCUUGCGUUCUGCGGUGUCUAGGAAGGAGCCUGCGUCCUUGGUCCUGGCUCUCUUGGACCCCACCCGAGGGUCCAGCCAGUGGCCGAGGCCGAGGCUGUGUUCCACACUUGGGAGUGGGGAGAUUCUGGAAGGCUGGGAGGGUAGGCCAAGCAGGGAGCUGGGCGUUAGUAAGGUGCCAGAUUAGCAACAAAAAACACAAGGUGUCCAUCGAAACUGGAGUAGUUUGAGACCUACUUAUACUAAGGAAUUAUUUGUGGUUUAUCUGAAGCCAUAGUUAACUGGAGUCCUAAUCCUAUGUGGUUAUCCUGUUGGAGGGAGGGGCAUGAUGGGGCUUCAGAGCAGCAGCGAGGCCCCAGCUGGAGAUCUGGGCAGAGGGCCUUGAGGCUGGGGGCUGGCGUCCCAGGGACCCUCUGCCCUGUUUAUAAGUGGGCUGGGCCGCUGGAGGCCUCUGAGGCCUCUCUAACCCCUGAACCCCAGGGGUCUGUGGUCAAGGCCUCCUCGGCUCCCGCCCGAGAUGCUGAGCAGGUACCCAGAGGGGCCCUGCAGGCUGGGGGUCUGCAGGGCAGAGCCUGGAGCCCCUCCUCUGGGGAGCCCUGGAGGAGGUGCAGAGGCAGAAGGCAAGGGUAUCAGGUGGAGGGACGGGACACCUGGGUUCGCCCAGAGCUGACAGGAGCCGGAGGUGACACAGGAAGGUGGACAGGGUGCGGGCAGUAGUGGAGCAAGGGGGCUGCCAGACUAGGCGCUGGGGGGGCGUCCAGCUACGAGGCAGCACAUACAGGGUCCCCAGGACGCAGGAGACUCCUGCUGCUCAGGACAGAACGCGUGGACACACGGCACCAAUAAAAUCUCUUUCUUUCUUGUUUA